CUCUGCCCGGUGCCCGCCGGGGGCUGCGGGACGCGCCCCCUCCCCUCGGGAAGAUGGCGCAGGCGGCGCUGGGCGCGGCGGGCCUCCACUUCGACGAGCUGAACAAGCUGCGGGUCCUCGACCCCGAGGUGUCGCGGCAGACGGCGCAGCUCCGGGAGGAGUGCGGGGUUUUCCUGGAGAAGAUAGCAGAAUUCCAAAAAAUAGUGGGUAGCUUAAUCGAACUGGUUGACCAACUGGCAAAAGCUGCGGAAAGUGAGAAGAUGAAGGCCAUCGGUGCACGAAAUUUGCUGAAGUCUAUAGCAAAGCAAAGAGAAGCUCAGGAACAGCAACUUCAGGCUUUAAUAGCUGAGAAAAAGAUGCAGUUGGAAAGAUACCGAAUAGAGUACGAGACUCUCUGUAAAAUUGAAGCAGACCAGAACGAAUUCAUUGACCAAUUCAUUUUUCAGAAAUAGAGGAUUUUAAGAUAAAAACAGACUAACUUGGAAACUUGACCAUUCCAGAGUCCUGAGAAUUUAAAAAAUAUGCAAUUUUUCACUGUGUAUGAAUGAAGAGAUGGUUUGUACAAAUGGAAGUGUCUUUUAAUUCAGUGUGAAUUACACUAAAAGUGGCAAUAAGGAGGGCCUUCUAGCAGAUGUAAAGACUGUUCUGUCCUUUGAUUUUAUAAAAGUUUUGUACAGUCAGUAGUUCUAAUUCAAAUUAUAGUUGAAUUAAUGCUACUGUUGCUAUGUUAUGUCUCUCACUUUUUGACUUGUACAGCUCUUUCAAAGAAAUCAGGAAAUAAAUUAUUGUUUUCAGACUUUCUGGAUAUACCAGAAUGAGUUGCUUCUGCUAUGUUAUUUUUGAGCUGAAGAGUUUACAACUCCCUGGGUAGUUGUAAUGGUUGUCCUAUAUGCAGUAUUUUUCACGUCUGUAAAGACACAACACACAAGCAGCAGUAACUUUUAUCUAUAUUGACCAGAUUAUUUUUUCUAUAGAGAGGAAAAAAACCCCAGAAAUUUAUGGUUAACAGAACGGAUCAAUUAUGGACACACAAAAAAGCAGAAAAUACAGCAGAAUUGAGAACUUUAAACUAUGCCUGAGGUAUGUCUGUGCAGGUAGUAAUAUUAGAGUUGAAUUCUUUCAUGGGUGUUAUUAGUGAUGGAACUGCAAACUGAUGAGACAAACCAUUCUAAGCCUACAGUGACACCAGGAGUAUACAUAAACUAUAAAUACAAAUGUGACAUCCAAGAACUGAAUGCCUGUGAUCUAAAAUCAGGCCUUGUGUUGAAGUCCAAAUAGAUGCAUUUUAUGUCUGUCUUUAGGCAACCAAAUACGGAAAUGUUGGCCUUUUUUCAAAACCUGUGGAAGGUUUAAAUUUAUUCCGGUGAAGUUCUGAAAUACCCAGGCAGUGACUGAAAAGCCUUCUCCCUGACCUGUAAUCUUGCACAAGUCUCCAAGUUUGAUUCUUGCAGAUCAGACUGAGAACUUGAAAAAGACCAAACCAACCACCCCAGAAUUUCUAUCAGUAGAGCCAGAUGCUCUGGUAAAAACUGUUGCAGCCAACAACACAAGACAGAUGUUUGUCCCAGAGGACUACGUCAGCACAGGGGCUGAAUCCAAACCAGUAGGAGUGUUGAGUAUGAGCAAAGACGGGGAUCGCAGCGCGACCCGGGCGGCGACUCCAGCCCCAUCCCGGGGGGCACGCGGUGGCUCGCGCAGCGCUGCCAGCAUCUCCAGGGCGCUAAGGCGGGGCGCGGCGGGCGGCACGGUGGGAACGAACGCUCCUACGGGAACGACAGCUUCUACCCGCCAGCCUGCAAAAUACACAACGUACCACGCCGGGAAAACCAUCAUCCGUGCCAGCAGUUGAUCAGGGACUUCUCUUGCGUGGCCCUGCGACUGCGGGCGUUGAAACUGAAAGGAGUGGCCCGCGUACAUCUGAGAUGUGAAUUUUUUUUUAAAUAUCAGUCCCAGCUGAUAAAUGAUCGUCCUGUUUGUUCUCCUUCCCGACGGAAUGGCUCGACUAGAAACGGAAGUCGUCGUGCAGGUAGAUCCAGCUGGGGAGAAAACAGGUUCUUGACUCGUACCAACGCGCCUUGCAUUGACGAGUCCGGCUUGACCUACAGAGCUCAAACAGCCACCACAGUGAGUUACAGCAUAAUCAGAUAAUUCAGUGGGUCUGAUUCCAUCCUUUAUUGAGCACAGAAGUUGUCCAAGGUGUACACGCAGAUUAUAUAGCAAUUAUCUGCUUGGAUUCCAGUUUCCCCCAUUUAUCAAUGUCACAAACAGUUUUAAAGUAACCAUACCUGAGCAGGAUUACAGAAGUACAGCGAACAGAAUUUUCUAUCAAGUUAUACUUGACAGAAGAAUUUUAAAAAGUUACAAAGAACAAACAGUUCAAGGAUCUCACGAUACUCCGUUACUAAAACCAAUAAAGGGUAAAAAAGAUGAUUAGAAAAAUUGCUACCCAGUAAAUAUUAAAACCAUCUGUUCAGUCUGGUGAGCAUUCAAGCACUCCCAGCAGAUCAAAUAGUAAAGUCCCAAACACGCCACUGAUAAAUCGGCUGAAGGAGAAAAGCACUUGAUAACUUUCAUAAAUUAAUUGGUUUGAAUCCGUCAAUGAUAUUUCACCAUACAUCAGGAAAUGGAUUUUAGCAACUUACUGUUCCAUAGCUGAGCUUGUUUAGCUCCUUUGCAUCACCUUCAAGAUGUACACACAGAGAGAUUAGGCCUUCUAAUAUCUGGAUGUUCCUUUGACAAUUUGUGAAUAAUUUUCAAGCUAUUCUUUGCACUCACUACUUCUGUACUCUUCUCAAGGCACAAUUAAUAAAAGGAGAUGCAGAAGCUAUAUUUAGAGAGCUUAAAACUUAUGAUUACAAUCUGUAAUUCAUUUGACAUUGAUAUCAACAAAGCUUAGAACUGAUUAAAAUGCAACUCUGAAAACUGCAAGCCAGAUUUUAACCUCAUUGGGAAAGAAAGAAGCAGCUCUCUUGAUGACCUCACGUUUAGAUCACUCUGAGUGUAUACACGUGUGCAUUCACUUUAGAAAUGGAACUAUCUUUGUCAAAGACAGCUCUAAAGAAGUCUCACUUUCAUUGUAGUUGAUUUGCAUUAAACAUGUAAAAUGCAGUUGAGGCUACAGAAAACAUUACCAUAAUUGUUUUUUAUAUAUAUUUGCACACACAGUUUUAGUUACACAUUUGUGCCAGUUUCAGCUACUCAAGUCUGCACAGUGCCCUGCCCACAUUCGUAUGAAGACACCCUGAAAGGUAAAUGUCCGCAAGACGUUUUAUUCUUUUUAUUUUUAUGAACAAGAUUAACCCAUGGACCUCUAGCAAUUAGCUCCAAAAAAUACACUGACGCACAAAGUGGUCUUUGCCAGUUGUGUCAUUACGUGCUCAUAAACUGUGUGUCAAAAUGAGAAAAGCCAGCAAGUAAACUGCCGAUUUGCACUGUAGUCUUACCCUGAAGGAGAAUCUAAUGAGCAGACUAAGUAACAGUGGCAGUGAAUCAAUGGCAACUAGUUCAGCAAUAGACAACCAGGAAGCAAUAAUGACACCACCAUCACCAGUUCUAAAACAUGUUAAAAUUUAGCUCAUAAUAGUAUGGAGACUUUUAAGAAGAGGUUUGAAGAAGAGGCAUACACAUGAGUCAGAAACAGUAUCUGUGCCAGCCCUGGGAAGAGAGCACAUGUUAAGAAGGGUUAUCAGUUUAUUUCUUGUGAGGUCCUGAGGCUUGAACUGUAUAGUUCAAUUUGUUUGAUCUUUAAAAAGGUCAUACCCAUAAAACAUGAACAUUUUCAGCCAUAUUCUGCAACACCACCACAUGUUGGAUUCUUUGCAUUAGGACUACAGAAAGCAACGAAAGCAUUUCUUCUGGAAAAAAUGACAUGAACUUUGCAAAUUAAGUAAAGUCCAUCCUCAACUGUAUGUUUUUCAACCUCCCAAUAAAGUGCAAGUCAAUUGCUUGUUUUGAUUUAAUCAGCAAGUUUUGCCUUUAUUCAGGAUCAAGCUUAAAGAUUAAAUGAAUAUUUUUUUUAAGAAGUCAUAUAUAUGUGCACAUAUAUGCAUAUAGAUAUGUAUAUAUGUGUGUGUAUGCACGUGUGUGUAAAAAAUCAAAACCAUGCCCAAAACAAGAUGUUACAAUGUCUUUUUACUUGUAUUCUUUUAGACAGUACUUAAUCAAGAUUGUAACAACUUAUUCUUAAAUAAAGGUGGGAGAUCAGACAGGAAAUAAAGAUAACACCACUUCUUUUUCAAAUGUCACAUUUAAUGUUUUCACCACUGUACUUCAAAUCUACAUUUUACAAAGUGACCAGCAAGUGUGCCACAUUAACUGACCAACCUCUGAGAUUUUACCUUUCAUACCAGUGUCUUCUUGGGCUCUUUUAAUUAAACACGUUUCUCAUUCAAGUGAAUUGAAAUGCUUCAGUUGGUUUUAUUCUCAGGAGCCUCAUAAAAAACAAAGAUAUUGCACCAUCUUUGUUCAGUUAUUCAAUGUUUGUCUCUUUCACAGCAAAUAAUUACUUCAUUGAAGUUAAAACUUCCAAACAUAACUUACUAAUAGUCUCCAAUUUCAGCUCAGAUCACUCUUGAUGAAAAUACUCUGCUAAAUACAGAUAACUUACAAUAACUUUAACAGUUAAUUGUCCAUAACAAACACCACGGUUUUUCUCCAGACCAAUGCUCAAAUUUUAAGACCACCCUUUAGUAUUUCUUUGUACAGGUGAAAAACAGUCUUCAAUUUUCUAGUCUUGUUUUAAAUAUAAAAGUUGGAAGGGACAUUCAAGUUUCAAGUCUCCACACUGAACUUAAAAAAAAAAAAAAUCAUGUGGAGGUAAACAAACCAAGUUGUAUACUCCAG